AUGUCAGACCGAACUGGGCACAGCCACUCGCCUUGGCAAGGCAACCCUUUUGUGCGUGUGUACUCGACUUCAGCGCCAGCGUCAUCCAAUCCUCUGCCGCACCCUUCUUCCCUUUCAGCUUCGACCCCGUCAUGGACACGCACACACACUUGCGGUGGUCUCAAUCUAACCCACGCCGAACUCAACACCAAAGUCAUUCUCGCAGGAUGGCUCCUUCCCCUUCGUCGUCUGUCGCGCAACUUAGGCUUCUUCUGCCUACAAGAUGCGUACGGUGUGACGCAGGUUGUCGUCCGUGGCGGUUCGGAAGACGGUGAUGCGGGGAAAGGGGCUGCACAACUGCUAGACGAACUUGAGUCUUUGCCGCUCCAAAGCGUACUCGCCGUCCGUGGCACCGUGAAACCGCGACCACGCGAUGCCGUUCUUGCUCUUGGAAGCGCUACACCCACUGGCGAGAUCGAGCUGUCUUUAGGCGCCUUCCAGGUUCUCAAUCUCGCGUCUCCUUCGCUACCAUUCCAGCCACAUGACACGGCCAACCUAGCAAAUGAAGAAUUGCGCGCCCGCUAUAGGUAUCUAGACUUGCGACGGCCGGCCCUGGCGCGAAACAUACAGCUUCGGAGCUCAGUCGCCCACGUCGUACGUAACUAUCUGCAUCAACAAGGCUUCAGCGAGGUAGAGACACCCAUCUUGCUCCGCUCGACUCCGGAGGGUGCAGCCGAAUUUAUCGUGCCUACACGCCUUUCAGGCUCGAGCACGGUAGAGCCCUUCAACGCAUCUCCCUACUCCACCCCUUCAUCCUUGCGUGAACCGCUGUUCUAUGCCCUCCCGCAAUCACCGCAGCAGCCUAAGCAGCUCCUCGUGGUUUCUGGCUGCGUAGAUCGCUACUAUCAGUUUGCGCGAUGCUUUAGGGACGAGGACGGGCGCAAGGACCGGCAGGUCGAAUUCACGCAGAUCGAUAUGGAGGUUGCUUUCGUCAGCGAGGCGCCGACGAGAGGUAAUGGCGGCCUCAGCAACAGCACAACUGCCGAGCUUUUAGAGAAUUCGGCAUGGCGUAUGGGUGGCGGUGAAGUGCGCGACGCAGUGGAAGGCAUGCUGGCGCGCGUAUGGAGUGAAGCGCUUGGCAAAGACUUGUUUGCAUCUGGCCUGCGGCCUGCCCAAGCUCCAUCUACCGGCGAGCAAGGCUCGGCUCAUGGUCAAAGUUUGAGACCACUGCUUCCGGUCAUCACGUACAACCACGCGAUGAGCGUCUACGGGUCCGAUAAGCCUGAUCGGCGCUUUGGAUUGCGAAUACGUUGUUUGAGCGCUGGCUUGCGUGCUCAUCCCCUCUCGGGCUCAGAGAGUGUUCUGCAGCAAGAGAAGCAUGAUGGAGCCGAAGAGAGUACGCCUGACACAGUAGUUGAGAUGAUCAUUUGCCCAGCUUCCGGCGAGGCGCUUUCAAACAAGACAGUAGAACAGUUGCUCAAGGAGCUCAGUGGACGUGGACAGGCUAAGGGUAGAACUCCCAUUGAGCGCUUCAAGGCACGCCUCUCGUCACCUUAUGAGCUCGCAGCUUUGCUGCUCAAGAAGAGCAGACACGUCGCCACCUUCCUCACCUCGAGCGAGUUCCCAGCUUCUGAAGUUGACGUCGAGUAUUUCGCCAAGCAGAUCGAAGGUGCGCUCGCGGCUGCCAAAGAAGAACCGUGGGCACAGCAAGUGAAAGGCGCCGACGGCGACGCUUGUUUUGUGUUUGUCUCGUCACGCACCGACCCUCCUGUGGGAGGCAGCACUGCCCUCGGUGAUCUGCGCCUGCAAUUGGCGCAAAGUCUCCUGUCGCAAGGCAUCCGUGUGUGCGCGCGAGGGAACGAGGAGGCAGAUGACAUGUUCUGGGUGACCGAGUUCCCGCUCUUCACGCGUGAGCAAGACGAGCUGACCGCUGAGAUGCUCGGAUGGAGCAGCACGCAUCAUCCGUUCACGUCACCUAUGAAGGAGGACUUGCCGCUGCUUUUGCCCCUUUCAUCGAACUCUAAGCAUCCUGCGUCACCCACACAGCGCGAUGCACUGAUCUCGCGCAUCCGCGGUCAGCAUUACGACCUUGUACUCAACGGAACUGAGAUUGGGGGCGGCAGUGUUCGUGUUCACCAAGCGGAUAUACAGGAGCUAAUCAUGCGCCAGGUCCUGGGCCUUUCGGAAGAGGAGACAAACAAGUUCGCGCAUCUGCUGCACGCCCUCAAGUGCGGCGCACCGCCGCAUGGCGGCAUCGCGCUGGGUUUCGACCGCCUGAUGGCCAUUAUCUGCAAAGCCCCAUCCAUCCGCGACGUCAUUGCCUUCCCCAAAACGUCUUCCGGCGCCGAUCCGGUGUUCGGCAGCCCGGCCCCCGCGCCUGGAACAGGCUUGGGCUCAGGUACUCACGAGAAGAACAGCACCACCAGCAGUCGCAGUGUUCUUGAGCAGUAUGGACUGAGGCCUUUGUAG